AUGUUAGGGUUGUGCUUAGGUAGCCCGUUGAAAGCAUUAACCCUGGGCUCGAUGGGCCCUUUAAGUCUGAGAAUUUUGCUUAGUAAUGUUACAAAAAGAUUUAAACAUGAGUAUGCUCCUCGUUAUAAGCAAAUUCGUAAAGCAUUUAAAGGUAGGGUCAGCGUUAAUACAGGUGGAUCUAUCAAAGGAAAGAGUCUCGAGUUUGGCGAGUAUGGCUUGAGAUUGAAAUCGAAUGGUAUCCGUAUGUCGGCUAUCCAGUUGCAAGAAGCUGACAAGGUUAUAAGAAGAGAAAUUAGACCCUCUGGGGGCCAGUUAAUAACUCGAUUCUCUUGUAAUAUUCCAGUAUGUGUUAAAGGGAACCAGACGAGAAUGGGUAAAGGUAAAGGAUCUUUCGAUCACUGGGCAUGUCGUGUGACUACAGGUAAGGUUUUAUUUGAAAUCAGGGGUCAAGUUCACGAGAGAGUUGCAAGAGAAGGAUUACGAAAGGCAGCGGACAAAUUACCUGGAUUAUUAGAGAUUAUAACCAAGGAUUCCAAACCUAGAGUCAGUCUCACACAAUGUAUCGACAAGCCAGAGAAAAUCGAUUAUGUUGAAUACUUGAAUAACAAUGCAACUAAAAAGUGGGCAAAUAUUCAAGCUUCCCGUCUGGACAUUUACCGCAUGUAUCGUGGACGCUAA